AUGAAGUUUAAGAUAGAUGAAUUGGAUGUUUAUUUUCCUUAUCCAACUGUGUAUAAAGAAUAGCUGGAGUACAUGAAAGAACUUAAAAAAAUAUUAGAUAACCAUGGACAUGGUAUAAUAGAAAUGCCUACAGGUACAGGUAAAACAGUAUCUCUACUAGCUUUGAUUACAUCUUAUUUAGAAUCUAAUUAGGAUAAGUUUAAAAAAUUAAUUUAUUGCACUCGUACAGUGGUUGAAAUGGAAAAAACAAUAGAAGAAGUAAAAUUUAUACUGGAUAAUAGAAAAUAAGAAAAACCUGAAGAAUAAUUUAAAUUUUUAUGCACUGGUUUGUCAGCUAGGAGCAACCUGUGCAUUCACCCAAAUGUUUCUCGUUAGCAGUCUAGAGACAGAGUAGAUGCAGAGUGUAAAAAAUUAACUGCCCCUUGGGUUAGAGCCUAGUCUUUUGAAAAAUCUAGUAGAGGUGAUAGUGAUUAAUUAGAAUUAUGUCAGUUGUUUGAAAAUUUUGAAGGUAAAAAAGAAGAAUUGAAAUUUACAGAAGGAAUAUAUAACCUAGAAGAUCUAAGACAGUAUGGAGAAAAAAACAACAUCUGUCCUUAUUUUUUAGCAAGAAGAUUGCUUAAUUAAAGCAAUAUUAUAGUUUAUAAUUAUAUGUACAUGUUAGAUGCAAAAAUGACUGAAAUAUUAGACAAAGAAUUCUGGAAGGAUUGCCUAGUUGUAUUUGAUGAGGCUCACAAUAUUGAUAACGUUUGUUUAGAAGUAUUUACUGUAGAUAUUAAUAGAAAAUUACUUGACAUGGCUUAUAAAAAUAUUGAAGUCCUUGGAACAAAAGUUGAUAGAGUUGAAACAAUUAAUCAUGAAAAGCUAGAAUCAGAAUAUAACUAACUACUCUAAGGAUUAAAAAAUAAAGGUGUCCUAAAUGAUAAUCAACUCAAUGAAAAUUCAAAGCAGCUUCCUUCAGAAUUAACUGCUGAGUCCAUUCCUUUUCACAUCAAAAAGGCUAAGCCUUUCAUUUAGUUUUUAAAAAAGAUUGUUAUUUUCUUGAAGAACAGGCUGAAAGAAAAAAAUGCCACUACUUAAGAUCCUCCAUAGUUUAUUAAUGAUAUGUAUAUAUCAAGUCAUCUAGAUUCAUACUCGCUCAAGUUAGCAGGUGAAAGAUUAAAUAUGCUCUUGAAUUCUUUAGAAAUAACUGAAACGGACGAAUUCUCAGCUAUUGACACAAUUACUCAUUUCACUUCGUUGCUUGCUUCGUAUGCUAGAGGUUUCAAAAUCAUUUACUAACCAAAUCCAAAAGAUGGUUCGUUAAAUGAUCCAUUGAUGACAUUUGCUUGCCUGGAUUGCUCAUUAGCCAUGACUCACGUAUUUACUUAGUUUAAGUCUGUAAUAUUAACAUCAGGUACAAUGUCUCCUCUAGAUAUUUAUCCAAAAAUUUUAAAUUUUAAUCCUUAUACUGUUAAGAGCAUAGAUAUUGAAUUGACAAGAAACUCAAUUUAGCCAUUAAUAGCGACUAAAGGCAUAGAUUUUACUUAGUUGAGUUCUGAAUAUGAAGCAAGAGCAAAUAUGACAGUAACUAGAAGUUAUGGAAGCUUACUAAUUGACCUAAGCAAGUUUGUGCCAGAUGGCAUCGUUGCAUUUUUCCCUUCAUAUAUGUAUAUGGAAAAAAUUAUAUAUGAAUGGAAUCAAGAAGGUAUUUUAGAUGAAAUGAGAAAAUAUAAAUUGCUAUAUUUUGAAAGCAAAGAUGUUGCAUAAACUUCAUAAAGUUUAUUCCAUUAUAGAAAAGCUUGUGAUUGCGGCAGAGGAGCUAUUUUCUUCUCAAUUGCAAGAGGUAAAAUUGCAGAAGGUAUUGAUUUUAACGAACACUACGGAAGAGCUGUUGUUAUGGUUGGAUUUCCUGUAUAAAAUUCUAAGGAUCCAAUUUUAAUAGAAAGAUGCAAGUAUUUGACAGAAAAUUUCAAAAUCACUAAAAAUGAAUAUAUUGAAUUCGAUGCAAUGAGGCAAACUGCUUAAUGCUUAGGCAGAGUCAUGAGAGGUAAAACUGAUUACGGUAUUAUGAUUAUGGCAGAAAAAAGAUUUGCUAGAAGUCUUGUAAAAAGUAAACUUCCUAAUUGGAUAAAAAAGUAAAUGCCUGACUGUAACGUAGAUAUAUCUGUAGAUAUUACUUCUAUAUUAACAGAGUAGUUUUUCAAAAAAAUGGGUAAAGCUUUUGAAUUAGAUAGAAAAAGCUAUUUCACACAAGAGUAGUUUGAAGAAAUAGAUAAACUUAAUUAAGAUAAUAAAAUGGAAGCAGAGAAAUUAAUCACUGGAUCUUCUACAAAAGAUUAAAUGGAAGAAGAAAAAGAUUAAAAGGAAAAAGAAGCUUUGUAAGAAUUACAUAAGAUUAAAAAAAAUAAAUAAAUUUUAGAAAAGGAAGAAUAAGAACCUAAGGUAGAAAAGACUAAACCAGCUCCUAAAAAUAAAAGAACCACUAAAUAAUCUAAUAAUACUUCAUAACCAAAUAAUCUAAAAACAUAAAAAAAAAGAAAAACAAAAUGA